AGAGGAGAGAAAUGAUAAUUCCUCUGUUGUGACUUUGUGAUGGAGCUUAGUCUCAAGCUGCAAUCUUUUUCAUUCCCUUCGUCAGUUUCAAGUGUUAAGAAUGCGAGUGAGUCCUGCUUUAGCUGAAACAGCUGUUUCUAUAGCGAUUGCAGCCACGGUUGUUGGUACUGCAGCUACUAUCCUUGCACGGAGAAGUUCCAAAGCCGCUGAAGAAGCCGAGGCUUCUAUGAAAGAAUGUGAAGCUUGUCUCGGUUCGGGAAUUUGUCCUGAAUGCAAAGGUGAAGGAUUUGUACUAAAGAAACUAUCAGAUGCAAAUGCUGAGAAAGCAAGACUUACAGCCAAAAAUAUGGCCACGCGAUAUACAGCCGGGCUUCCCAAGAAAUGGAGCUACUGCACAAAAUGUUCGUCCACACGAUCUUGUAUAACAUGUGGUGGGAGUGGAAAGACAAGCAUCUAGCACCUUAUGCAGAGUACACAAGUACGUUAAACUCUUUUUCUU